GAUGCGUCAGAGUGAGUCCCGGGUGGCCGCCUUGCUGGUGCCACCGCUGCGCCGCCUGGCACUCCUUGAUGAUGCCUCGCCCUGCCUCCUCACCAGUGCCUUAAAUAUUGUCACCCAUACCGUGGCUUUGUCUCCAAACUCACCUUAACCUUCCCCUGCAGUGCCCUACCUUCCGUCCUCGCGAGUCGUAUGGCGUGACAGGCUGGGCGAGUGUCAAGAAGGGCGCGUGUUAUCGUUGUGUUAUCAUGCCAGGGGGCGGCUGGGGGGCAAGUGAUGGUGGGCGGCAGGUUGUUACCAGCAGUGUUGGCUUACUGUGGGUGGGGAGGUGGCCCUCAGUGUCGUCACGGCCCGCCAGUGUACACACGACUUUACUCACAUGCAGCUGUUGUCACGGACUGCACCCGUGCCGUGACAUAGGCUCGUGCUGUGCUUUUGUGGCGUGACCCUGCGGUGCUACGUGGUCGUGCCCAGAUCUCAUUGUGUUGUGUGCCCAUGCUAUGGCGUGUGUGGUGUAAGCUUGGUCGGGCCAGCAACCAGUACCGCCGGUCCUGUGGGAAUGUGUGCUAUAUCCUGCUGGCUCCUUGUGCUCGCGUCCACACGGCCAGUUUGCACUCUGUCUCUUGCGUUGAACUAGUGAACAACUUGUGAACAUGCGUCGAGUUUUUCUUGUGAUAAAAUCUCCUCCAGAGGUUUCUGUCGGCAAGUAUGAUCUUGCUAAGUGUGUGUAAAGUCACAGGAGUAGGAACAGUGUCUUAGACUCUACAAUAGCUAGUCAAAAUGAGUAGCGCACGUGCAAAUAUACGUGCACGGGCGGCAAGGGCCUGCACCGUGCUAGCCGAAGCAGGCGAGCGUACCUAUGGGCGUGUUGCGGGCGCGACGAGGGCGCCCUUCAGCACUGCGGCGGCAAAUUUACGUCUGCUAAGCAAAAUCCAUGUAAAGUUACCCCGACCUACCCUCUCAGGGGCCAAGAAGCGGUCGCCGCCCGUGGGUGCGGAACAGCCACAGGCGCCCACGCCCACCACCAGCGCUGACCUCGCCCCCACGCCCGUGCCUGGCUCUCGUCCUCGCCGCCUAACCGGAGCCCAGCUGAUGUCAAGGGGCCGCAGUGCCCUCAGGGGCGGACUGAGGGCGGCAGCGAAGGCGGCAAGGAAGCCACCAAGGGCGGCCCUUGGGGUGGUGCGGGCGGUGGCGCGCCGGAAAAAGGGCGACCCUCCGCCCCAACAGGAUUCUUCAGGAGAGCCUUCGUCCAGCACGAUUGUGACAACAGAUCGAGACAUUAUGAAGAAAGAGCUGAAGAAGGUGACCCGUGAGAGGGAUGAUGCCGUGAGUCGUCUCAACGCCGUCAGUCAGUCGGACCAGCCUGCUAACUACGGAACUUUAAGCAAACAUGGAGUAUCAGUGAGUGACAAAAGCUUAUCAACACCUCGAGAUUAUGAAUCCAUCAAGCUGCAGUGUGAAAAAGCUAUGGCUGAGGUCCAGGGACUCCUGAAGCAAAAUGUGGAUUUGACGAGGAAAUAUGAGAACUGCAUGAAAGAAGUCGACUACUACAAAAAGCAGGAAAGAGCUGCUUAUACUGCUUUACAGAAUUUGAGAAUGCAAUAUGAAGAGGUUGUGGCAGAGAAACAAAAAUUGGAGCGUGAGGUCACUUCAUUGCAAACGAUAAUGGAAGACGAUCGAAAAGAGAUCGCUGACCUUCGGCGGCAACAGCAGGUCAGCAACCUACUAGAAGCUAUGUCACAAGAAGGAUCAGGAGAGGCCAUCAACCAGCUAUACAUGACCACCAUGCGCAAGUACGAAGCCAUCAAGGAUGAAUAUGACUCAAUUAGAAAGAGGUACUCGGAUCUUGUUGCCUCACAUUCCAACAACAUUUCUAAACUGGAACUCACACAGGAAGAAGUAUCUCGCUUGAAGAAGCAAUAUGAUGAAGUUUUGCGUGAGUGUAAUGAGGCAGUGCGAGAGAAGAACUGCCUCAAACAGCAGUGUACCAAAGCAAUCACAGAAUGGGAUUCUGCACUCAGGGAGAAGAACAAACUGCAGGAAGAACUGCUCAAGAUUCGCGAGAAGUAUGACGAGAUGAUGAAAGAGAUGAACACACAUUUGAUGCAGAGACAGCAUCUUAACAAAGAUCUCAAAAGAUUACAGGAGGAGAGGAAUGCAGCGAUGCAAGAAUACACAUUAGUAAUGAGUGAACGUGACACUGUGCACAAGGAAAUGGACAAGCUGCAGGAGGAACUCUCUCAGGCCAGUAAAAAGAUCAAGACAAUUGAACAGAGCACUAAUGACUCAACGAAAGAGCGGGAAUCACUUCUUCUUCAAAUAGAAAUGCUCAAGAGGGAAAUUGCAGCAUCUCUUCACGACCGUGAUAAGGCAAUUAAGGAAUGUAAUGACCUCCGAGAACGUUUUGGUGCCAAAGAGGACACUAACAAGGAGUGGGAAGGCUCUUAUAAGGAUCAUGACAACUAUAAGCAGGAAAGAGAAAUGACUUUGAAAGAGGGACCAGAUUUAGAUUCUAGCUCGCACAAUAUGUAUUCCAAGGCUCAGAAAGAACGCCUGGAUAAUUUAGAUCAAGCCAAUCAAGAAAUUGAUAGACUAAGAAAAACAAUUGAAAAGUUGCAGAGUGAGUUACAAGAGGCACAACAAGAGGCAGAAGUAUCCAAGCGGCGACGCGACUGGGCUUUCAGUGAGCGAGACAAAAUUGUUCAAGAGAGAGAGUCAAUUCGUGCUCACUGUGAUAAGCUGAGGAGAGAGAGAGACAGAGCUGUGUCUGAGUUGGCCGAAGCUCUUAGGGACUCGGAUGAUAUGAAGAAACAGCGUAAUGAAGCAUCCAAAGAAUUAAAGGAACUGAAAGAAAGACUUGAGGCAGAACAGGAAAAGGCAGCUGUUGUCCGUCAGUUGGCAGCUCAUAAUCACUCAAGAGAUUCAGCAAUCGACACUGAUAUGCAAGAAUGGGAAACUGAUAUUCUUCAUUUGCCAAUUAAAUUUUGCUUUCAGGGUGUUGUAUCUGAACGGGAUGUUGGGUUUGUCGUUGCCGGAGGUGCAGACGACCCACACUACGGAGGAAAUGAUGGAGCCAUUUACGUCACACAUAUUGCCAAAGAUGGUCCUUUCGAAGGAAAACUCAGGCUACAUGACCAAAUAAUUAAUGUGAAUGGAGUAGACUGCCAAAGAGUUCAUCGUUCAAGUGUUUAUGCUGCCGUUGUUAAUGGCGGUGGUUGGGUGCAGAUGACAGUCAGACGUAGACGAAGUGGUGGCCGCAGCCUCCACACAGUUCAUCUACACUGUCCCCACACUGCACAUCAUGGACUGACACUGCACACAGGGGUAUACAUAGCCAACAUCUUGCCUGGAAGCCCAGCUGCAAGAGAGAGUAAUUUAGCUGUGGGUGACAGAGUGCUCAAUAUAAAUGGGAAGCCAGUAGAUAAUAUUGGAAGUUGUGAGGAGGCACAGUGUUUGUUAGAUGCUGCAGGGGAGGUAGUUCAGCUAACAACAUUGAAGUCCCAUGGAUCAUCCUCCUUGUCAGAUCCUCUCAGCUCCUCCUCAAGUGGCCAUAACAUCACUGAGGAUGACAAGUCGACAUCCUCUUCACGACCAUACUCCUCCCCCACUUCUCCGUCCAAGGAGACAGGGGUCAGCCCAGGGCGCUCAGGAAGCAGAGAACUGGUGAAGAAACUGAUGCCAGGAUCAGGAGGGUCCCAUAGUGAAGACAAUAGUUGCAAGAGAUAUGGAAGCAGCGAAAAGGUAGUUUAUAAUGUAACAAAGGCAGCUGGAGAUAAAGGCUCAGGGACUGGACCUUUUGAUCUUUUCAAGAACAUGGUGAAACCUAGAAGACACAGUAAAGAACGAGCUGAAGAGAGAAGUGAGAGUAGAGAAAAAGAUGAAAAGAAGAAGCACUUAACAUCUGUCUUGGAUCAUGAAGCAGAAAGUGCUAUAGCUCAAUUAGAUUCUGUAAAUAAUUCGUAUCAUCAUAAGAGUGGCAGCAAUGGAGGGACAAGUACAACCAAGAGAUCCAAAAAGAGGGAGAAAGAUAAAUCUGGAGGCACUUGGCCCAAAUACAGAGGUGGGGGAGUGAGUACCAGGGAUGCAAAUAGCAGCACAAUUAUGUACACAGAAAGGAAAAGAGAGAGACCUCAGCUCACUGUGUUCUUUCCAAACCCCAUGACUUCCCAGUAUUCAUGCGAAGACAAACCUUACGAAAGUUACCAUCAUGAUAGAUACAUGAGCUCGAGAUCAAGUCCUAGAGGUACACCAACUAGUCCACGAAGUCAGCAGCUUUCCCCCUAUAAUAAAAGUGUGGAUAUAAGUGGAAAACCUUCAUCGUAUAGUAGUGCAUCUCAAGUUUAUUCCAGUCCACAGUCCAGUAGUAAUGUAUAUCCCAGUCAAGAAGUAUAUUCUAAUGUAGGUCCACACAACACCUCUAUUGAAAGAAAAAGUGAGGAUUCAGAAAGAGAUAGAGAUCGCCUAAGUUCCCUCACAUCUGAUACAUCACUUGAUUUCUCCGUGAAAUCUGGGAAAGUUGGCAAAGCAGAGCUGGAGUACUAUGUAAAAAAGAAUAUUCUGAAGUAUCCUCCAAGUGAUAGUGAGAGCAUAGACAACAAUCUUCAAAUCAGUCAGCCGCCUGUGUAUGGUACGAGACCAUCCCCUCUGCAUCAUGGGGGUGACCGCACUCCCAACUCACGCAUUCCUCACCCUCAUUCGGGGCUUUAUUCUCCGCCAAAUCCACCUUUAAGAUCACCUCAAGGAUUUGCUCCUUACCCUCAUUUGUCACAUUUCUCCCUCAGUCAUCCUCACCAGUAUCCUCAUAGUUCGGUAGGCUCUUCAAUAUCUGCCGUCUCUCCACGCUACUCGUCGCCUCCCACCUUGCCUGUGGUUCCCUCACACUACCUGUCACAAUCUAGGAGUGGAGAUAGCAUUUUUCCCUCUGGACUGGAACGUGAUCCCCGGGAUGGUCGGGGAUAUUAUGAAAGCCGUCAGGCAUCCUCUCCCACACCAGUUGGUAUGAUUGGGACUGUAAGUGGUGGAGUUUUCUAUCACUCUCCUUCCCCAUCACUAGAGUUGCCCGGCCAUCACAAACCCCGUACUCUUCAUCAUCUUCAUCCAUACCGUCCAACAUCCGAUGAACAUCCACUGCUUCCUCACCAUUCGUGUCCUCCGUCUUACCAUGAUUCUCAACGCUUCACGGGUACCAUGCCUCGCAAAAAAGAAGAUGAACGAAUCAGAAUACCAAGCAAUGCAAGUGUUGCAAGCAAGAGCAGUGGAGGGAAAGGGAGCAGCUUAGAGAGAACAUCAGAGAGAGGAUCCCCAAUGCCUUUUACUUGUUCUGUGGAGACGGUUGGUGGAGGUGGAGUGUCAGCAAGAGGACAGCACAUCACUCACAUCACACACUCAGUGCACAAUCCCCAUUACCCUGACUAUACUUGGCAGAAGAGACCACAUCCAGGAGAAAUUAGAAAUAUUGACAUAGAGAAGUCUGCAGAGCCUCUGGGCAUCCAAAUUCGCUGUUUAGAGAAUGGGGGUGUUUUUGUCUCUGCAGUGACACUCAAUUCACUUGCCUCCCAGGUUGGGUUGUGUGUUGGUGACCAGUUAUUAGAGGUCUGUGGAAUCAACCUGAGAUCAGCCACAAAGCAGUCAGCCUCAACAGUACUUUCCCAGUGUGGCACGUCUGUUACCAUGUUAGUCCAAUAUAAUCCAGAAAAAUACCAAGAAGCAGAAGGUUGGGUAGGCAGCAGCAGCAGCAGCAGCGUCGGAGGUUCUCGCUCGGGCACCCCAACCCCUCGCAACUCUCCCAAACCAACCUCGCAUGACUCUCCCCAUUCUGUAGAUGAUGAUAACAUGCCCCCCUCAUCGACAUCCACUCUGCGGAGCCCACUGGAUCUUCGUGACACUCUCGACCAUUCCCUUGAUCAUUCCUUGUCGCCUUCUGCUAGAUCCACACUCACCCGUCCUGAAAUUGCACAUGUGAUGAAUUCACUUAAAAGAGAAACAUUUUCAAGGCGUAGUGAGAAUGGUGGUGUUGGUAACAGUAAUGGUGGUGUUAGUAGUGGAGGCAGUAAUCCUGGAGCAAGCAGUGGAGGAAGUGGAGUCAGCCCUAAUAAUGCAAGUGCAGAACCACGACUGGUGUAUUUGGAGCUUAAUAAAUCCCACAAUUUAGGAAUACAGAUGGUUGGGGGAAAUGCUCUGGGGAUCUUUGUCCAUGCUGUUCCUCCAGACUCCCCGGCAGCUAAAGCUGGGCUCCGUCCCGGUGACCACAUCCUUGAGUACAAUGGAGUGGAUCUCCGACAUGCUACUGCUGAACAAGCUGCCUUUGAGCUUGCAAAACCUGCUGAUAAUGUCAAAAUGCUAGUGCAGUACAAUUACCAAAGAUAUGAAGAAAUUCAGGAUAAACCUGGUGACAGCUUCUAUAUACGUGCAUUGUUUGAUCGAUUGGGUGAUGCAGGGGAUUCUACUGAUCUUCGCUUUCGAAAAGAAGACAUUUUAUAUGUAGAUAACACUAUGUUUAACAAUGUGCCUGGUCAGUGGCGAGCAUGGGUUGUGGAUGAAGACGGACAGAAAAGACAAUGUGGAACAGUUCCAAGCAAAGACAAGGUUGAGGAAGAGAUGAGGCUGCAGCGAAGUGUGGGUGACCUCCAGAUGGACUCCAGCCGAAGAGGGUCAACGUCUGCCCGACGCUCCUUCUUCAAGCGCAAAAAACAUUCCCGGUCGUCAUCCAGAGACUCCAAAGAGUUAGCCAGCUUUUCUGAUGCCUCUCUCAACUCUUACACAGAGUCUACACCGAUGCAUGAAGAGCCUGUGCCACACUCCUACAUCAGAGUGGAAAGGCUAGACUAUCUGGUGCGUCGUCCAGUGGUGAUGGUGGGUCCACUGUGGGAAAUAGUCUGUGACAAACUGGUUCAUGAUUAUCCACACAAUUUUACAAGAUGUGUGCCAGAGGUCAGUUGGCUCUCCUGUGAUGAGAUGGAUACUGCAGUCCAGAAGAACCUGAUCGUAGACUAUCGGCGGAGGGGAUCUCACUUCGAGGCAACAACUGUCAGUCAAGUGAAAGAAAUAUGUGAUAAGAGUUGCCAUGGAAUACUGGACAUCAGCCUUUCAUCCGUGGAACGUUUGCACCGCCACAAUAUAUACCCCAUCGUCUUGCUGCUCAAGUUCCGCCAUCAUAAGCAGAUCCGUGAAGUUUGUGAUUCGCACCUGACUUCUUCGGAAAGGAUCUCGCAAAAAGAAGCCAAAGAGAUGUUUGAACUGGCUAACAAAAUGGAACAAGAAUAUAAGCAUGUUAUAUCAGCUGUGAUCCCUGCCGCUGUCAACAUGCCGUACAUCAGUACUCAAGUGAAGUCGUGUGUGGACCAAGAACAAUCCAAAACUCUUUGGGUGCCUUCAGGGAGCCUCUGACUCUCCCCAGUACAGAGUGAAAGAGCUGUUAUAUUUUGCAAAGAAUAAUAUCCUGGCUGAUUGGUUUGAAGCCACACAUUAUGCCACUGAUGCUGUUGAUUUAUGGCAUGUGACCCUUAGAGGACAUGAGAGAAUAUAUUCGAUUUCUAGCAAUGUGUCUUGUACUACUCAAACUUACCCUGAAAUUCCAUGAUUUUUUAAAAGGUAGCAUAUCUGGUUUUAAUACAUGUGGAAGAUUUUUGAUUUAUUCACAAUAUAAGAUUAUUUUUGUUGUUUGUUACACAGCAAUUUCUAUUUUUUGUUACUGGACCAAGCCCAAGAAGUACAAAAUAUCACCCAAUAUGGUUAUAUUUGUGCUGUAACAUUUUGAUCUUUGAAAAGUGUAAUGUUGUUAAGUCAAAAUAUGCGAUAACGUGUAGAUAUUACCUUUUUGAAAGGUGUUUAAUAUGGAAUGAUGAUAAUCCUUCAGAGGAAGGAAUCAGUAGGCCUGCCUGUGACAGGUGUCUUCCCUAUACCAAAGAGGUUUUAAGACAGUGAAGGAGACGGUAUCUGGUGGAUGCAACAAGCUACAUUACAUGUAGCUGCCUGCUGUGGCAGCAAUUGUCAGUAGACAAUAUUCCUUCUCACUUGUGCCUUAAUGGAGCUGGUGAGUGGCCUGUGUUUUGGCUUUAUAUCACUAAUUGGACCACCCACUUGCAGGUGCACAUGUCACUGACUUGAUAUUGGCCUCUCCUGAUCUCAGGUAUCACCAUGGCCUGGCUCUCAAUUACUUAGUGAACAGCAGUCAUCAUUAUUACAGUCUACUGGAAGCUUUACCCUUACCUUGUUAAGGAAGUUAUUGUUAUUGACCUACUAGACAUUUUCAAAAUUCAGUGAAAGCCGUAAACUAGACACUUCCAGAUUUUGGUGAAUGCAGGAAAAUAAAAUUUUAGAGCAGUACAAGCUGCAGAAGGUGCAACUAUGAGAUUAGCUUUGAGGUAUUUGAAAUCUGUGAUUUCAAGGUCACUCUGGUAUUUGUAGGAACCCUUGUGUCUUCCUUGUAGAGUAUGUUAUACCACCUUUCAGUUGUCUGAAAGUGUUUUGAAUGUAAAUUUUAAAAGCUGUAUCCACAUAAAAGUUCCACUUGAUCUGUUUACUUCCAUUUUGGUGCAUUGAUAGAGGUUAUUUACUGUUAGCUUUGUGGAAGAUCAGUUUUCAUAGUAUUUUUGAAAGAUGCUUUCACUUGUAUGUAGAAUUUAUUUAUUUCAUGUUUACAUUCAGAAGUAGAAGAAAUAGUAUACCCUAUUAAAUAUAAGCACUAACCUAUGGUGUUAGGUGUUCGUUGAGACUCAUGAAUUUGAUGUAUGAUCAGAUCAUUUUUAAAAUAUGAAUAAUAUCCCAUCACUUGACUGAUCCAGCUGAAUUUAAAUCAUACUUCUUGGGGUGUUCCCAUUCCUGUCUUUCAUACUGUAACUUAGCCUGUAUAUGCAAGUGUACUUGCAAUGAUAUGUUAGUCCUUUUUGACUGACACUUCUUGCCCUCAACCUUGUUAUUACAAAGUUCUUGGCAACAUUUACUUUGAAAUAUGGAGAGAAUUGCCUGGAUUACAACGAUUUUACAUAUUCAUAUAUUGUGUUGUUGACUGAGGCUUACUAGGAGUGGUUUAUAUUUUGUAUGUACACCAUGUUAUAGUCUUGUAUAUUACUGUAAUAUAUCUACAGAUGUAAUUAAGGAGACUAUAUAUUAUGUUUACCUGUACUUUAUACAAAACUUUACUGUGAGCAAUAACAGUGGAGAGAAAGCUGUAUAAAUGUUUCUUAGUAAAAUUAAGAAUUUUAA